UUAUUUGUUAGAAACAAAUUUAAAAAUUUGCGAAAAAAAAAUUCCUUUUGUUACUGUCGCGAUGAACCUGUCAUUGGCCAGUCAUAACGGCAAACCGGUUGAAUGGAAUGAAGCGAAACUUUUAAUGCAUACAUUUGCGAAAGUAAUAAAUAGUUGAUUAAAUAAAUAUGUUAAUUAACAAUGCUUAAAUUGAAUGUUUUCCUAGAAUUUUACGUUUUAGAUUUAGCUUUUUUGUAUGAGAUUAACAAAGAUCAACGUUUCACGUAAAUAGGUUAUACGUAACGAAACGGAUAAUCGAGUGAUUUUUCAAACAUUGUGCAUGUAAUUUAUAUUGUGAAAAACAUGAUCGGAAUGAGAAUGAAUGCGUUUAACGAUACUGGACUUGGAGAACCCGAGCAAGAUGCAAACACGGCCCUCAUAGAGCUCGAUAAAGGUUUACGUUCUACCAAGACUGGGGAACAGUGCGAAGCUAUCGUACGCUUUCCUAGAUUAUUUGAAAAAUAUCCCUUCCCAAUAUUAAUAAACUCCUCACUGUUGAAAUUGGCCGAAGUAUUUCGCACCGGGAGUAAUUUCUUACGAGUAUGGGUUCUAAGGGUAUGUCAGCAAAGUGAGAAACACCUGGAUAAGAUCUUGAAUGUAGAUGAGUUUGUAAGGCGUAUUUACAGCGUUAUACAUUCAAACGAUCCUGUUGCUAGAGCUCUUACUCUACGUACAUUGGGCAGUGUAGCCGGCAUUAUUCCCGAAAGGCAACAGGUGCAUCAUAGCAUAAGAAGAUCCUUGGAUUCUCAUGAUUCAGUUGAAGUAGAAGCUGCUAUUUAUGCUGCCCAAAUGUUUGCAGCGCAGUCCAAAUUAUUUGCUGUAUCUAUGUGCAGUAAGAUUUCCGAUAUGAUCAGAGGUCAAGCUACUCCUGCCUCAAUGAAGUUGCAGCUUAUUCCAAUUUUACAAUAUAUGCAUCAUGAUACUUUUACAGCGUCAAUGGUAAAUGAAUUAUGUAUGGAGCUUCUUGCGAGUUAUCCAGCAGCAGAAUUUGUCAGAGUCACUCUGAGUGCACUAAGUACCCUGGCUUCUGCGACGUUAAUAGACGUGCCACAACAGGUCGCGUUAUUAUUACGCUAUUUACAAGAUGAUCCAAGACUGUCUGUUAAACGUCACGCCUUACAUCUUUUGCACAGUUUAGCUAGAAGAGGGGCACAUCUCUGGCCACAGGGGGCUCUUAAUAAUUUAAUCGAGAGUACCACAACACUUUUGCAAGAUGGUGCAGGAAACAUCGAUCUUCUUAUUCGUACUUUAGACGUAAUCGAGGUACUUAGCCAAAAUGCUGUAACGUGUGACGCAAAUAUGGAAGAAAACAGUCCUUUGUUGCAAUUGUGUUUAAAUGCGUGUUAUUCGCCCGAUCCAUUUGUCGCAGUGAAAGCGAUUACUAUACUUUCUAGAGUUGCCUGUUACUGUUAUCAAGAAGGGUUGCCUGCUUAUGGUAUACAAGAUGUGAUUUCUUGUCUCGAAUCUCUUAUCGUAUUGUUAGUUUUGGAUGAUAAACAUUUGCAUCAAUUGAGGGCAUGUUUACGUUCAACAGUAAAACUAUGUCAGUCGCAACCCAGUCAUUGUGCUAUAUUUGUCGAUGCUAUUGGUUCUACCCUUAUCAAUGCCAGUGCAGAAAAUGGUCAGAAUGAGAACCAGACAGUUGCAUUGUGCGAAGCUUUAGGUGCUAUUGGUAGUUUAGGGGAGAAUACAUUGCUUCCUCUUUUACCAGACAUUUUGAUUAAGCUUAAACAGACAUCUCAUGUGCAUACAAAGGUAAUGCUUUGUACAUUAUUAUUUCAAAUGGUGGCCGGAGGAUAUGAAUGGAAUUCCGAAUGUUUAGAGGCGAUAGAUAAUAUUGUGAGAAAUGUGGAUGGUUGGGCAAAAUAUCGUAUUGCACGUAGCGCUGCAAGAUACGGUCAUCAUACAAUUGCUACUGAAAUAUUCAAAGGUCUAAAAGAAACUGUAGCAUCGGAGCAGCUACAUUUUUGGCUGUCCGGUUUAGAAUUGGUUACUAAAGCAGAAUGCUGUCUCAUGAAUAAAACGGAACGUGAAGAAAAUGUGAGUAAAGCUGAGAUUGUGGAAAGACUAAAUGGCGCGAUAGCGCGUUAUGCGAGCGCUUGCGCGUCUCUCAAAGCCGCUAGCACUCCAUUACGCAGUUUGCAAUUUCCGAGCGAAUAUUCAAAAUUGCGUUGUGAAUUCUUGCAAUCCAUAGCGCAGUUAUUACAUUCGUGCAUAUCUUUAUGUACCGCACCACCACCUGCUAUAGCUGUUACAGUCGUCAUUGCUACGAAAGACGAUCUCCAAAGAUAUGGACGUGUUACGCAUCAGUUAAGAAAAUCAGCGCAAGAAUUAAAAAACUGUGCGGAAAAUUAUCAGAAGCUAUAUCAAUCAGCCUUCGAUGCUGAUCCGGAAUCAUUAGCGAAUAUUCGGGCAUUACAAGAAAUAUGUCGGUUACUUGCAAACAGUGUGGAACGAGUUUGCGGCGGACCUGGGGUCUCGAUGUAUCAGCAGCAGAACGAUACCGUGAAUUUCAAUUUUGGCGAUUCCGUGGAGAUGCGACAGUUGGCUUGCUGCUGCGCCGAACUACGCCGUCUAGCACCGUCCUGGGUGGGCAACGAUGGCAAAAUUGGAGCCAUCAGUCACGUGAGAGUCAGUUGUCUGAUAUCGCAAGUGACGCUACUCGCUGGUGGAACGAUGAGAUUGCCGAUUCCACGGUAUUUCUUCCAAACUCUGCAGACUACUAGUAUUAAGCUGUCGGUGUCACCUCAACCGCGUGUUCUCGGUGAACCUGUGUCUGUACCGCAAGGUAGUCAAUUAGCGCUCAAAGUCGAAGGAGUGUUGCGACACGGUCGACGGGCAUCUCUUUUCCGUUCCGUUGCUGCCGUGUGCAUUUCUAUCUCGACGACGCCGCCUUCGAAAAUUAAUUCUGAUCAAAGGGAUUCCAAUGUAAACGAAUUGCAGCAAACGGUAACACCUCAUCGGGAUUUCUUCGCUUGUGAAUUUUUAUUAUCCUUGGGAAUACCUGGACCUACGAUAAUGCCUCCAUGCGCGGUCGGUGCGAACACCGUCGCGAAUAGCGGUGGUCAAUAUCAAAUCACGGCGAGCGCGAGUAUACUCGACAAGGACGGCAAUGUGUGGAAGUGUGGUCCACGUUCCACUCUUCCCGUUAGAGUACACGAGGAACCUGCGAAGAGAAAGUUACCUUAAGGAUAUGCCAUGCAGUGUAUUUUAUAAAAUUUUUAUUCAAAUACACUUUUUGAUAAAUUAUAAAUAA